CCCGCAAUAACAGCACUAUCCUAUUAGCUCUACGAUAUUUAUCUGCAACAUGUCCCCUUUGGCUCUGAUCUUUAGGCUUCCUCAUUUGCCAGUUCACGGUGUUUUCGAUACUUCAUGUGUACAGCCCCAGCCUUACCAGAUGCCCAAACUUUCGGCCCCCAUUUCUUUGCUACUGCGCCAUGCAAGCCAGCACCAGCGUUGAGACGCCCCUCUCUACAUACCGAUAUCAUUCUUGUGGCGAGUGACCAUAUCACGCGGCUUCACCAUGCUAGGCAGUGCCGCCCUGAAACUUAUAUCCCGCCUCUCGGGUUCCCCCUAUAAAACCACCAUUGUCUUCCCGCCUUCCCCGUUCUCCCCAUUCGAUUCGAUCCCCUCUCCCUAUCUCAUCCUCGUUGCCUAUCCCUUCUUCCCCCUCACCAUGGCCCAAGACUGCUGCUCCCGCGCCGCCAAAGCCUGGCAAGAAGCCAAAGCCACCGUCCACAGCUGCCGCGCCGAGGAAACCGUCUCCCAUCGCGGCUGGACGGCGGCGCGGGAUUACCUGCAGUCCGUUCUGGGUGCGAGCCCGCCUCGGUCGAACGCAACAGGUACGCCGCCAUGUCAACUAGCUAGAAGCGGCCGGAACUCCGUACUAAUUGCGAACGAUCCAGUCAAGAAGGCUCGGCAGUCGCUGGAGAAGAAGCGGGAGAUUUACGAGUGGGCGAAAGAUCGGCGGGUGCAGGCGGAGGGGAGGAGGGAUGAGGCAUUCCGGAGGCUCGAGGCGGAGGAGGCAGCGAGGUUAGUGUCAUGGUCCAUGGUUAUUUAAUCGACUGAAAGCUGAUGUUUUGCUGCAGCAAGAGACUGGCCCCGGAACUUGGAAUCCAAGUUGCUGAAGGGGCGUAUCCGUAUAGACAUCAGUGGGAUGGCAGGCGCAAACAAUAAUGGAAUUCUGCUCAUUACGGUACGAAGAAG